AUGCUCAAAAUCAAGACAUACAUUUUGAUGGCAUUCAUUGCCUGGAAUCUAAACGUAUCCGAGGCAAAAUCAAUAAAUGCUGACCAGAAGCGCAAGCACAGAAGGUUGGCUGAUAUAUCACCAUCGGAAGAUCAUGUCGGUAAUCAGCUUAGACCUGAUGUCCUGAGGAAAACCCUGCCGAAAUUGGACUUGAUGGAAGGCAAGCUGACGGGAUUGGAGAAACAGUUGGCAGCCCAGCAGUUACUCUUACAGGAGACUUUAAAUAAAACCGAUCCAAAGGACUUCGUGGAGAGACUCAGUGGGAUUGAGGAUCAAAAUAGAGAUAUCCAGCAGUUAAUUCUAGACCAAUCAGCAGCACAAUUUAAUGAUAGAAAAAGGCAGAUAACUCUGAUUGAAAGGAAAAUGGGAAACCCCCAGGAAGCCUUGCAGGAAAUUGGAAACAGAAUUUCACAGGACCUCGUAAAGCCACUGAGAAGGCUAGGUAGACUGCAAGCCGAUAUGGAAACGAAGAUAGAAAACCUACAACGAGUUUUAGAAAACAAAAUUACAGACCAACCUACUUCUUCACUACAAAUAAAAAGGAACAUUCCACAGGAUUUCAAAGGGGCACUGGAUAAGAUGGAAAAUAGUGUGGAAAUUAUGCAAAUAGCUCUUACCAGUAUGGCGCAUUUCGUAAAGAUUGGCACCCGUUACUUCUAUAUCGAGACAAAAGUUAAGCAAAAUUGGUUCAAGGCUAAGAACUCUUGUCGUGAAAUGGGCGGCUAUUUAGCCGCCAUUAAAAACAAAGAGGAACUCGAUGAACUCGAUCAAAAACUAAUCAAACCAGAACACUACUGGCUCGGCAUUAACGAUAGGGAUAAUGAGGGCGUAUACGUAUCAGAUGCUUCCGGAAAGAAAGCCACAUUUUUACGCUGGCAAGAGAAACAACCUGACAAUUUCAGAAAUAACGAGGAUUGCAUUAACAUCUCGUCCAUCGCAUAUCUUCGUAGAUCGAUGAACGAUCUCCCCUGCGAGGAGGAACAUUAUUUCAUUUGCCAAUUUGACAAUGAAAUUUAA